GAACAUGAAACCAUGCAUACCUUCCUAAAAUCUGAAAAAACAAAUCAACCGCGUUUGAUAUAUCCUUUUCAUCACUUAAAUUUUUAAUUUAGUUACGGUCAUAGGUGGAGGGCAAGCUGCAUUACAGGCGCCCAGACGAUUGCACGUAAGAUGGAAGGGGUCCUGUAACAAAGAUUUUUCAUAAAAUAAUCAUUAUAUUAGUCUCAUUGAAGAAAUAGAAAGUCCUAAUCAAGAAAAGAAUGUACAAAACUAUAAGUUUGUUAUGGGUACGUUUACUAAUGUCACUGAUAUUUUUAUUCGGUGAGGUUCACGUAAGCGCCUUUUUGGGCAUAACUUGGGGGAGGUCGUCUGCACAAACUUUUGUUCCAUCGAUGGUGGUGGAUUUACUAUUACAAAAUGGAAUUUCAGAUAUGAGAAUUUUUCAACCAAGCUUAAACGUUCUCGAUGCCUUUGCCAACACCGAUAUCGCUAUAACCAUCACCUUACAACCGAACUAUUUAGCAAAUGUCAAGGAACAAAAACACAUAGAUAACUUUCUUUAUGAACGUGUGAAGUCUUAUGUUGACAAAGGAGUCAAAUUCAGGUACGUGUAUGUGGGGAACGAACCCUUUCUCAAAGUAACAACUUCAAAAAAAAGAGUUAACGCUGAUGUACAUUUCCUGAAUAUGACUAGAUACGCCCUUGAUAGUUUCAACUUCCCAGAUAUCAAAGUAACAACACCCCAUUUCACGGACUGCCUACUAAAUGUGACCAAGCCAUCUGAAGGUGAUUUUCGAGAAGACAUAAAGGAGAAAAUGAUAGAAAUGAUCGAUUACAUUGACAAAACUGGUGGCCCUUUCGUUCUCAAUAUAUUCCCAAUCUAUACUGUUUCCAGAUAUGGAUUUGAUGUGGAAUUUUCUUUCUUCGAUAAUAAAUCCAAGUUCAAGAUAGUAGAUGGCAAUAACAUUUACAAAAAUGUCUUCACUUUCUUAUAUGAUACACUUGUUUCUGCUCUAACAAAGGCAGGGUAUGGACAAAUGGAGAUUGUUAUUGGACAAAUUGGUUGGCCUACAGAUGGAUACAUGAGUGCAAGCGAAGAAAAUGCUGAAAGAUUUUACCGUGGUCUUUUUCAAUAUAUGGCUAAGAAGAAAGGAACUCCACUACGCCCUAAUAGGGAUAUAAGUAUGUAUGUCAUUUCCUUGACAGAUGAGAAUACAAAUAGUCUAGAAUCUGGCGCUUAUAUGAGACAUUGGGGUAUCUAUAAACUCGACGGCAAACCCAAGUACAAAAUUGAUUUUACCAUGCAAGACCGAGAAACCAAACCCACCGCUGCCAGAGGUAUAGUGAAAAUGCCAAAGAGAUGGUGUGUGUUUGAUGGUAAAACUGAUCACAACAAGACACUCGUGGUGCAAGAUUAUGAAUACGCAUGUGAUGACUCAGAUUGCAGUGCGUUUGGUGCUGGUGCUUCAUGUGAUAACCUUAGUUUCGUACAGCAAGUCUCUUAUGCAUAUAAUAUGCGUUACCAAAUGGAAAAUCAAAAUCAACAGAAAUGCAAUUUGAUUGGAGCUAUGUUAACCACAGUUAAUCCUUCAACUCCAAACUGUGAUUUCCCAAUUGAGAUCUUAACUGCAGAGUUUGUAGAUGGUGGAAGUCUUCUAACCAAGAGAUUCUAGAGCAGCCUCCUUCUAAUUCAUUUAUAUACACAUAUACUAGUUCCUCGAUACAUUGCAUGUAUACAGUGGACCAUAUCUUAUAAUAGUACAUAUGCAGUGGGCGCCUAGGGCAAAGGGUAAUUAAGAUGGUAUAAAGAACUAAAUAUUCCCAAAGUACAACCCAAUAAUGAAAAAUGGGCAUAGUUUGCAUGAGAA